CAACCCUUCUGAUACAUGAAUUUCACCUGUUAAACUGAGAAUAUUGGGAUCACCAAAACCAUGGGUAACAGUAAAUGGAAGAAAGUGGCAGAUGCCAGUCUACCCCGACCCUCUGCAUCUCGUGGUAUCAUGGAGAUUAUCCUGCAGUCUUAUCAGAUUAACAUGAAACUACAACAGGAUUUUGUGAACGACAUCCGAGGAGCAGAUUCAGGGGGCCAAAACCGCGAACACAGAAACACGAAGAUAAGGGAGUGGUUCAAAGAUAACUUCACCAAGUACGCCAACAAGAAUGAUGAAAUCUCCCGCCAGAAGUUCAUCCAGGCCUGCAAAUCCUUGCCAGAUUUUAACGAGUACGUUUUCUUCCUAUUCGACACAGAUGACUCAGGCUCCGUUUCAAUCCAGGAGCUAUUGGGAGGUUUUCAAAAACUGUCAACGGGAGAAGCAGACGAGAAGACGAUUAGAUGGUUCGAGAAAAGGUUCCAAAAACAUGCCUCCUCUGAGGAAGAACUAGAUAAGGAGAAGUUUAUGCUCGCUAUAAACAAUGAUCAGUGUCUACUAAAGCUGUUUGACCUGUUCGACAUGGACAAGGGAGGGCACAUCUCCAUAGAGGAACUGGUCAGAGGUGUCGACAAACUUACAUGCAUGAACAAAGAUGCGAAGUGGUUAGCCUGGUUAGAGCAGCAGUUCAGUAGGAUUUCAGGCGAGAGUCGACAGAUUAGUCUACACGAUUUUACAGAGGUUCUCCAAGUCAAAGAGUUGUUUUUUGCGGAGCAGUUUUUCAAACUAUUCGAUAAAGACAGGAGCGGUACGAUUAGUCUCUCGGAACUGAUAGACGGGCUCAACAUGCUCAUGGAGGGAACUGACAUGGACAAACUAAAGUUCUUGUUCGACGUUUACGAUGUUGAUGGUAACGGAACGAUAGAUCCAGACGAGUUAAAAAUAGUCCUCAGAUCAUGUAUGGACGAAAGCAAAUUGGAGCUGAGUGAAGAAACAUUGGACGAGCUAACCCAGACCCUGUUCGAAUCUGCUGACGCCGAUCAGAGCGGCUCCAUUACCUUCGAGGAGCUCCACGACGAGCUUCUCAAGCAUCCGGGAGUCAUUGAGAACUUAACAAUCAGUGCUUCUAAUUGGCUGAAACCCCCGCCUCCCCCAGCUAAUUGGUUCAGAGCUUUCAUUCAGAAAUACCUCAGCUUCUUCUCAAAAUCGUUUUUGGUGAACAACAUGGCCCUGGUAUCAAAUAUGACAGUGUUAGUGACCAUAAUGGUUGUCUUGUUCUUUGUCGGAGCCUGGUUAAACGGGGAGAGCCUGGCCCUGAUGAUUGCUAAGGGAACAGGGAAAAUGAUAAACCUUUGUGUGGUGCUAUUAUUUCUAACGAUGUCUCGGUAUCUACUAACGAAGAUAAGAGCAACACCUUUAUCAAAAUUUUUAGCUUUGGACCAAGCUAUAGACUUCCAUAAAGCAAUAGGAGUUUUCUGUUUGAUUCUAAGUGCGAUACACACAGUAGCCCAUCUUUUUUAUUUGGGAGGUACGUCCAAAGGUUAUCAGUAUCUUGUCAAGUUGUUCUGGAUACACGAUGAUACAGCCACUUUGGGAUGGUUUGGGACUGCCUAUGCUACUGGUGCCCUGUUAGUACUAAUCAGCAUAACGAUGGCGCUCUGCUCACAUCCAUACGUGCGGAGAGAAGGAUACUUCCAAGUGUUUUACUUCUCCCAUAUGCUGUACAUCCCGUACGCAGCUCUUCUCUUCUUCCACUCCAAAUCCUUCUUCAUGUGGGCCACUAUCCCAGCUCUUAUAUUUAUUGUGGAGUUUGUGAGGAAAUCGAGGAUAUUCACGCUGUCCUACUACGGGCACACUUACGUUAACGACGCUAAUAUUCUCCCGUCAAGGGUAGUACAUAUCGAGAUUGGACGACCGAAAGGUUUUCGGUUUAAUGCAGGAGACUACAUUUUUGUAAAUAUACCAAAAAUAGCAAGAUACGAAUGGCAUCCAUUCACUAUUUCAUCAUCAGCGGAGGGAAAAUAUCCACUAUCCCUUCACGUUAGGGCAGUAGGUAACUGGACCAACAAACUCUACGACUAUGUAAAAGUAAGACACGAUCACGUGGAGGAAGAUAAACUGGAGUAUAUUAAUGGCAAGUCAGUGUUAGCACUCGGGGACAGUAACAAUCAUCUUAACGAUACAUCACAUGUCGGGUUGACAGAGUACGACAAACAGCUGAGUGCACACAGUUCAAUAAACAGUUGCUCGGAUUGGAAGCAGAUCGAAGUGUUCAUUGACGGACCCUACGGAGCACCCGCUGUGGACAUAUUCGAGUCCGAGCACGCCGUCCUUAUUGCUGCUGGCAUAGGAGUGACCCCCUAUGCCUCAAUACUACAAACAAUAGUCCACAAGUACCAGCUUACCAACCAGAAGUGUCCGGAGUGCGGACACCGCUGGGUUCCUCCUGAAAACGACGGAGCUUUCAAAAUAAAGAAGGUGGAUUUCUUCUGGAUCAACCGGGACCAGCACUCGUUUGAGUGGUUCUUGAAGCUGAUGACGCAGCUGGAGACAGAUGCCAAGGAGAUAUCAGUUGUUGACGAUAAUCCAGAUGCUUCUUUCCUUGACCUCCACAUGUAUAUGACCUCGGCGUUGAGGAAAAGUGACGUAAAAGCUGUGGGUCUGCAAAUGGCUCUGGAGUUGAUGCACGAAAAAAGUAAUAAAGAUGUGAUAACAGGGCUGAAGGCACGAACAAAAGCAGGGAGACCCGAUUGGAAAGAAGUUUUCACGGAGCUGAACAAGAAUAAAAAGGGAAAGGUGACAGUGUUCUUCUGCGGAUCACCAAUCCUGGCUCAGGUUAUAAACACCUAUUGUAACAAAUUUGGUUUCCGGUUCAAAGCGGAGAAGUUUUAGCUCCACUCCGCAAGACGUCCACGUGAUACCCAUAUAAGGUGAUCCUGAUUACCUACGGCUCACCUUCUAUUAAAACCGGCUGAGAUCCGAAAGUUCCGCAAGAAACCAGUUGAAUUUCGGUUAAAAGCUGGUUAAUUUCCGGAAAACUUCCGGAUUAAAGCGGUUAAAUUCUGGUGGAGAAGCUGUGAUAACCUCCUUGAUAACCUCCUUGUCCCCACCCCUUUCAGAUCUGUAUAUUUGACUUUAGGACAUUGUUUUUAAUAAGUACUUACCGAUCAGAUGUAAAUUGUAAAUGCUAAUAAAUAUUUAUUCUGGUUGUUUAUUGACUUUUGAUUGCUGGUUUUUGUUUUGUGUUUACACCACGAUAUGAUGUAUGCCAGACCUGUUGGCUGUAAGCCAGCCCUGCUGGCUAUAUGCCCGACAUUUUGGAUGCAUGCUAGACCUGUUGGCUGCAUACCAGACCUGUUGGCUGUAUGCCAGACUUGGCUAUAUGCCAGACCUGUUUGCUGCAUGCCCGACCUGUUGGCUGUAUGCCAGACCUGCUGGCUGCAUGCCCGACCUGCUGGCUAAUAAAAACUCUGUAGGUUAUGUUGGGAUGCGGACUUAAUGCUUUUGUUGCUGAAGGAGCAAUUUUAUCCCUGUCACACAUUAAUUUUAAUCGCAAACUCUCUCCCUGAGGACGCUUUUAGGUUUUCAAUUUCAUUUUUAAAUUAAUCUAAUCUACUUAAUUCUAAGCAGACAAUUUAUUAUCUGACUUUGAGAAGAAAUGAGACGAUGUCGAUUCUUUAAAAAGAUCAUUUAAAUUUGCAAUUAGUUUUCAACCAGAGCGGUCGAUCCAGUCUUCUUAAAGUCAGAUCUGAUUUUAAUUUCACUUUAAGUUUAGUUCCUUGACUUUAAAGUUGCGUUAUCUUCUUUAAUAUUAUCCUCCAGGAUAACAUCUUUUAUUUUGAUCUAAUUGAUUAAUUAAUUAAUUAAUUUGAUCUAAUUCCUUAAUUUUGAUAGUUCUGUGAGAUUAACCAGGGUGACCCUGAAACGACGCUGCCGCUAUUGACGUUUUUCUGAUUUCGUUUUAUGUCUGGUUGAUAGUGAGUUAGCAGACACCUUUAUAAUUGAUUUGACAAAAAUUAAGUCUGGUAACGUAAAAUAGCGUUAAAACCGAGUAAUGAAAUAAGAUUUUUGCUUUCAUAUUGUUUUUGUUGUUUCUUAAGUUAUUUCAUUUCAUGCUGA